AUGAGCGGAGACGCGUGUGUGGAGAAGCAGGUAGUCCAGCAGGUGGGCCAGCAGGUGGGUCAGCAGGUGGGCCAGCAGGUGGGCCAGCAGGUGGGUCAGCAGGUGGGCCAGCAGGUGGGUCAGCAGGUGGUCCAGCAGGUGGUCCAGCAGGUGGUCCAGCAGGUGGGCCAGCAGGUGGUCCAGCAGGUGGGCCAGCAGGUGGGUCAGCAGGUGGGUCAGCAGGUGGUCCAGCAGGUGGGUCAGCAGGUGGGUCAGCAGGUGGGCCAGCAGGUGGGUCAGCAGGUGGGCCAGCAGGUGGGUCAGCAGGUGGGUCAGCAGGUGGUCCAGCAGGUGGGCCAGCAGGUGGGUCAGCAGGUGGGCCAGCAGGUGGGCCAGCAGGUGGGCCAGCCGGUGGGCCAGCAGGUGGGUCAGCAGGUGGGUCAGCAGGUGGGUCAGCAGGUGGGUCAGCAGGUGGGCCAGCAGGUGGUCCAGCAGGUGGGCCAGCAGGUGGGCCAGCAGGUGGGCCAGCAGGUGGGCCAGCAGGUGGUCCAGCAGGUGGGCCAGCAGGUGGGUCAGCAGGUGGGCCAGCAGGUGGGUCAGCAGGUGGGUCAGCAGGUGGUCCAGCAGGUGGGCCAGCAGGUGGUCCAGCAGGUGGGCCAGCAGGUGGGCCAGCAGGUGGGUCAGCAGGUGGGUCAGCAGGUGGUCCAGCAGGUGGGCCAGCAGGUGGACCAGCAGGUGGGCCAACAGGUGGGCCAACAGGUGGGCCAACAGGUGGGCCAACAGGUGGGCCAACAGGUGGUCCAGCAGGUGGUCCAGCAGGUGGGCCAGCAGGUGGGCCAGCAGGUGGUCCAGCAGGUGGUCCAGCAGGUGGGUCAGCAGGUGGGCCAGCAGGUGGUCCAGCAGGUGGUCCAGCAGGUGGGUCAGCAGGUGGGCCAGCAGGUGGUCCAGCAGGUGGUCCAGCAGGUGGUCCAGCAGGUGGUCCAGCAGGUGGGCCAACAGGUGGGCCAACAGGUGGUCCAGCAGGUGGUCCAGCAGGUGGGCCAGCAGGUGGGCCAGCAGGUGGGUCAGCAGGUGGUCCAGCAGGUGGGCCAGCAGGUGGACCAGCAGGUGGGCCAACAGGUGGGCCAACAGGUGGGCCAACAGGUGGGCCAACAGGUGGGCCAACAGGUGAGCCAAGAUAAAGAGCGCAUCAUUAACAAGGCUCCACAAGGAAGCCUUGACUGCAAUUGUCUGAACUGUCAAGACCUCGGCCUGUCAAUUACCGUCGUUAGACGGUAA